UGGACCAACUACAUUCAUGGGUGGCAGGAUCGAUGGGUUGUUCUGAAAUGCAACACACUCAGUUAUUACAAGUCUGAAGAUGAAACAGAGUAUGGCUGCAGAGGUUCUAUCUGUCUGAGCAAGGCUGUGAUUACACCCCAUGACUUCGAUGAAUGCAGAUUUGAUAUUAGUGUAAAUGAUAGUGUUUGGUACCUCCGAGCUCAGGACCCAGACCACAGACAACAAUGGAUAGACUCCAUAGAACAACACAAGACUGAAUCUGGCUAUGGAUCAGAGUCGAGUUUACGACGCCAUGGCUCCAUGGUGUCUCUUGUUUCUGGAGCAAGUGGAUACUCUGCAACAUCGACCUCUUCGUUCAAGAAGGGCCAUAGCUUACGUGAGAAACUUGCAGAAAUGGAAACCUUUAGAGACAUCUUGUGUAGACAAGUUGAUACUUUACAGAAAUACUUUGAUGCCUGUGCAGAUGCAGUUUCCAAAGAUGAACUCCAGAGAGAUAAAGUGGUAGAAGAUGAUGAAGAUGACUUUCCUACAAUGCGUUCUGAAGGGGAUUUUUUACAUAACAGUAACAGCAGUAAGGAAAAGUUGUUUCCACAUGUGACACCCAAAGGAAUUAAUGGCAUAGACUUUAAAGGAGAAGCUAUAACUUUCAAGGCAACUACUGCUGGAAUCCUUGCUACGUUGUCUCAUUGUAUCGAACUCAUGGUAAAACGUGAAGAAAGCUGGCAAAAAAGGCUAGAUAAGGAGACAGAGAAAAGGAGGAGAGUUGAGGAAGCCUACAAAAAUGCUGUGACAGAAUUGAAGAAAAAGUCCCACUUUGGAGGGCCAGACUAUGAGGAGGGUCCUAAUAGUCUGAUUAAUGAAGAAGAAUUCUUUGAUGCUGUUGAAGCUGCUCUUGAUAGACAGGAUAAAAUGGAAGAACAGUCCCAAAGUGAAAAAGUUAGAUUACACUGGCCGACAUCCUUACCAUCUGGAGAUGCAUAUUCUGCUGUGGGAACUCAUCGAUUUGUCCAAAAGCCCUAUAGUCGCUCUUCCUCCAUGUCUUCCAUUGAUCUAGUCAGUGCCUCUGAUGAUGUUCACAGAUUCAGCGCCCAG